AUGAAGUUACUAUUAAACAUCAACCAUGCGGGUGAGACAGCGCUAAGGCCGGGAGAUGAGCUUCAAGGAACGUUGAUCGUUUCGGGCAUCGCGAGCCAGAAGCGGCCUCAUUGCACAGCUACCAUUGGAGGGCGAUUAAUGAUUUCGGUACCUGCUCAAGUCGCUGGCCCUAACAUAGACAACGCAGUAUAUACGCUAUUCGAAGAAACGAAACAACUGGAAUACGAAAUUACCUCGCGCAAAAACAGCCCGGAUGACGAUGUUCAUUUUAUGCCUUUCAAAUUUCAAUUCCCAUCUCAUAUGCAAUGCUCUAAACAUCCUCAUCCAUGCCAAUUUCCCCCUUCAACAAGUGUACACGAAGGCAGCUCUAAGAUAAAGGUGGAAUACUACAUCACUGCAGCCGCGGACAGACCUAUAUUCGGCGGUCUAUCGACCAAAAAGAGGGUCACGAAGCCAUUGCAACUCAGCAGCAGUUUCUCAUCCACCACCUCGCCAGCGCCAUUAUCCAUUUCCAGCUUACCGUUAACGCUACAACAAAAAGAUGGCACAAAACGUCUGCAACCCGGGCCUGAUGGCUUACCGGCAUACACGCCAUCGAUCAACGUCCAAGUCGUGCAUCCUGAGCCACCAAUUUUUGUCCGAGGUCAAGCAAAUCGCAUCCGAUUCAAUGUCCACAGUCCAUCCGAAGCGAUUGGGAAACUAUUUGUUCGGAGCGUAAACAUCAACUUCAAGACUUCCACUAUCGCAGCCUCUGGAUCAGCUGCACAACGAGUUCAGCAAAAUGCGUCUGGAGUUGAGUUAUCCAGUCUCAUUCCAAUUGAUUCGGAAGUACUGGAGCUCGAUACGGGAACCUGGGGGCGCCUCUCUAUGCUCAGCCUCAGACCGACAUUCGAAUCCUGCCUAGUGCAGAUAAAGCAUGCAGCUGAAAUAAGUGUUGGUAUUUCGGUUGGGCCCCAGGGAAGCAUUUCUUAUGCUUCAUCUUCGUUUGAUGUUCUGGUGAUGGACCCGCCACCUUCCUAUGAAGAGAUUUAG